UCAAAUAAAUCCAGCUCUAUCGGGGAAAAAAGUAUUGUUUUUCGGGAAAUCAUGGCUAUUUGCAGCUAAAACGCAACUUGCAAAUUUGGCAAAGACUUUCUUAUAGCCACCAACAUAAUAGCAAUUUGACAAAAACCGCAGACUGAUGAAAAUUGACGCGUGUUAAAUGCAAACAAGAAAAUUCCAACACAGACCUUGAGUGGCACACACACAAUCAGCCCUCCACACCUGCGUCACACAUACACACACAUACCGAUAAAGAGUGGCAAAAGGGAUAGAAGAUCAAAACCGUUCCCUAUUUUUUGUAUGGUUUUUUUUAAACAGGAAGUGGAUUUAAGGGGAUCCUUUGCAGAAGUGUGCAGCUGGCAAUAUGGUAAACGUACCCCCGCUGCUCUGCAGCACCCCGCCGCCCAUUGAUUUCGGGGAGGAAGACGACGAUUCCGGUUUGCAAUCCACAAUUCAUUUGGACGAAGGUGACGAAUACUCCAAUUUUGGCUUAGUCAGCAGCUUGAAAGAACCGCCCGCGCCACCCGAUCCCGUUGAGGAGUUUCGAGAACUACCACCAGAAUUACUGGAAAAUAAACAAACUGCCGAGGCUUUCAAUUACCAAGUAAAGCAGGCGAUGGACUAUGAUGUCUAUAGGGAUGAAGCACCACCCACGCCGCCUCCUCUUAGUUUGGAACUCGAAGAGGAGGAACUGGAGGAGCAGGUGCCUUCCUUAAAGCUGGACAGCUUAAGUCUCUACUCUACAGAAAGCGUCUCCGCCGCCUCCACGCUCUCACCCGUUGCAGAAGCGGAGCCAGUUGCUCCGGCCGUAAUAGAAACAACCAAAGCUCAUGUCCUCAGCCACCAAGUCACGCUGGAGGAUGUGUCCGAUGAUAGCGAUGAGGAGUGCUCGCCAAAGAAGCCCAAAGAACUAUUUAUUCGCGAGGGUGCCGUAGAUUUCUUUGCAAUCGAGGUGCUGGCCACACCAACGUUACCAAAUGGAGGAGGUUUUUCGGAAGAGGAUGUGGACUCGGCGAAAGAAAACCUGAAGGAAACUCCCCAACAAGAAAAAAGCUUUAGAGAAAGAGAAAGUAAAGAAAGUUCAGAUAGCUUGGCGAAACCUUUGGAGAGCCAGGAGAUAAGCUUUGGAGAAACCUCCAAUAAUAAUGAUGAACCAGCGGAUAGUGAUACAUUUCAAUUUGCUAACUUUGAGGCAGCGCCAAAAGACUCAGUACACAAAGAAAUUAUUCCUGAAAAUCUGGAAACGGAGGAAGAUGAUGAUUUCGGGGACUUUGCGGACUUCUCUGCUGCGAAACUUGAACCAGAAGUCAAGGAAACCCCAACAACAGCUCUUCCCAAAUCUGCGUGUGAGCCACCCGCUUUUGAAGAUCAUUCCGCAACAAAAACCAAACCUUUGGAGGCCAAGUCACUUUCUCCUUUGGAGGCUUCCUUGAAUAUACCUCCUCCAGAAUCAGCAGACGAUGGCUUUGAUGACUUCCAGGAAUUUGCCACGCCAACAAAAGGAAGUCCGGGUCAAAGCGAAGACGACGAGGAUGAUUUUGGCGACUUUUCAGAGCCCCUAGCGGCUGCUAUCUCAGUACCUCCACCACCUCCGCCAGCCGCUGUUCACCUGAGCAUCGAUGAUAGGGUGAAACCAGUCCUGGAGAUGAUGUUCCCGAAGUCAAAGGAGCUGGAAAGCACGAGUGUGGAUAAACGGAAGCCACUAGCGCAGUGCCAGCGAUUCAAUUUCGGUGCCAUUGAGCAUGCUCGGGCUCUGGAUUAUCAGUGGAGCAGCUCGGAGAUGAGGCAUUCCCUCGUUCGAUCGCUGGGCAUCGACUCGAGGAAUAUCCUCUUUGGCGACAAGUGGAACUCAUCAAUGCCGCGUUUUGCCGCCAACCUGAGCUUUGAUCCGCUUAAGCCGAUGAAACCUACGUCAACCGGAGCCUCUAGCACCUUGGAGUCGAUCUCCAAUCCCAGCACCUACCAGGGACUUGAAACCUCCACCGCAGCAUCGGCGAGCCAAACUGAAACGCGGACUGGCGCGUCUCAUGGGGAAGGGUCCUCCGGCUCCGGAUCCGCCAGCAAUUCCGACGGCGAAGAGCGACAGAAGCAUAGCUACAACUCAGCUCCAAUCUCCAGCAUCGAAUCGAACCAUCUUGAAUCCGCAGCAGCGGCACCAGCAGCAAUUGCUGCUCCAGCAGCAGCGACGCUAUCGACUGCUCUACCAGCAGACAGCCCUGCCCACCAGCUCAACGGCGGUGAGCAGCUGCAUCAGCAGCAGCGGCCGGAGCAGGAGCAGUUUGAUUUGAGGACCACUCCGUCGCCCGCACCGCCGCCAGCUCAGGAUGAGAUCGUGGGCAGCUCGAUGGCCAGCUAUUCGGUGCCCCUGAAGGAGACCCACAUCUACACACCCUCCAAAUCGGAUACGGCGGUGGCCAAGACCACCACGCUGGCGCCCAUUGAUUUCGACUACGAGAUGGCGGCCACGGGCAUCAUUAUCGACGAGACGGUGGUCAAGAAGGAGUACCGCGAUGUGGAGUACAAGCCACCAUUUGGUCUGGAUUCGCCCAGUAAAGUGAUUGGCAAUGGAUCAGCCAGCAGCUUCGAGCUGCCACCGCCGACGGAAGACGAUGACUUCAGUGACUUUCAAUCGAUGCCGGCUCCGAGAUCAAGGAUCGAUACUCCGACUUUCGGCGAGCAGAUGAUCCUCAGUCCGGCCAUUCUGCUGCCGCAAGCCAUUCCGCUCGCCAAGAAGCCAGCUGCUGCAUCCAUUGAAUGGGGCGACAAUGCUUUGUCCAGCAUAAAUGCCGAGGAGAUGGCCAGAAUAGAGGAGCUGUUCUCCUCGCAGGCCAAACCGCUAACGAUAAGCGCUUCAGUGGCCAAGAAGCCAGCACCUCCUGCGGCGCCAGUUCCAUCUCAGCCUCAGGAGGACGAUGAAUGGUCGGACUUUGUCUCGGUUCCAGUUGCCCAGCAGCAACAUCAGCAGCCGGCACAGCACUCGAUCGCCAAUAAUAAUAACAAUAAUGUGAACAGCAAUUUGAGAAAGGCACCGUCAGCGCCAAAAGAAGAUGAUUGGUCGGAUUUUGUGAGCAGUACUCCUUUGCCGGCACGACCGGCUCCACAAUUCAAUUCCGGGGCCUGGCAGAGCGCUAACUUCUACAACAAUCCCAUGAGUUUGUACCAAGCACAGCAGCAGCAGCACCACAGCAAUCUGGUGCCGAGUGGCAGCGGCAGCAGCAGCAACAACAGCAACGGAAAUAACAACAAUGUGCCAGCGAUUCCACAGCAAAUACACAUCAUGCACGACUUUUCGACGGCGCCCGUUCCCGGAGGACUGGCCGUGGGUGGCCCAACCUAUCAGCAGCAGCAUCAGCGGCAGCAGUUCCAAAUUGGCAACGCCAAGGUGGCACCACGCAUCUCCCUCAUUCCCGAUCUCAGCUUUGUGGCACCCGUUUUGCCCACGAACGCUGGUGCAUUUAUGGGUGCGCUUCCGAAACCGAGUUUCGGUGGCAAGAAAUGACACAAGAAGCUGAGGGUGGGCGCUGGGCGGCUUCAACACCAGCAGCAGCAUCGGCAGCAUGUGGGCGGGCCACGCCCACUGGGAGGCGGCGAGGCCACCAUACUCACGUAGGCAAAAAAGAGAGAGAUGAAAAUUGGGGGCACGUGCGCCCAUGGGAGCCAGUCAGUAUUAUGAAUCCGUCUGAUAUUUACCAUAAAGAAAAAACCGAACCGUCACACACGUAGUUUGAUGCAAGCUGUGUUCCAUGUUGUUGUCGUUGUUGUUGUUGACGUUGCCGUUGGCAUAAUUGUUGUUGUUGUUGUGCGUGCAUGUUGUUGUGUUAGUCGUAGAUCAGGUUAAAAAAAAAUAAGAGAAGAGUAAGCCAUUUUGUGCAAUAUUUCGAUUCUAAAUUUAUGUUGUACUUAAUUUUGACAAAGACAAAAAAUUCCAAAAUUAAUUUUAGUUAGCAAGAAUAUUUUGUAAAGCGAAAAAUUCGUAGUGCCCGAGUUUUAUAUCGUUAUUGAUUUUUAUAAACUAUUGCGGAAACUAAAUGAUUUAGACCCUUGACUAUUGAAUUAUUUUUAAGUGAAAAGCUACGAAUUUGUAAAAUUUCAAACACUUUAAGCCCAGUGAAAUUCUCGAACCUAUCAGCUUGUAAUGCUAAACUUCGGUCAUAUCAAUAUACCAACUUAAGAUAACCACUAGAUGACCAAAAAAAAAAGAUUAGAAAAUUGUUGAUACAGAUGCCAGGAAUUCUUAUUCUGAUUCCUGGUCAACACAUUUAGAAUCCGCUUUAUUUUGUAGAGAUAAAUAACUAGUUAUGAUUUUAGCUUAGUAAGCCCAAAAUCCGCACCCAACAUCGGCUUGUAAAGUCAAAAUACUCCACCAAUUUGAGGGCUGGACUGUCAUCAGUAAGGCCGAACAAGCAUUCCACAUACGAACUUCCCUUUUUGUAACUCCCUCGAGAAAUACUCCAAAGCGAAUGCGGGCCACCACAUUGAAGAAAACCCAACCCGCCUGAUGCGAAUUUUUCUAUAUUGUGUACUUAAACCGACAUGAAGAAGACCGAACUAACCAAGCAAACAUAGUUAACGUUGUAAAUGUAAUAGGAUUUGUUAGUUGAUAGAUGAACUCUCCCGAGCAUUCCAAGUGUAAAUGAGUAUAUGACGGAUGUAUGCCUGUUUGCCAUGAUGAUCUCCAGAAAAUCGCUGGAAAACGAAACCCAAUCCGCUCCAGUUCUUGAUUAUUGUUUUGUUUCGUGUUAAUGUGUUUUCAUUUAUUUAUUUUACUUUAUGUUACGCACGUUAAGUUGAAUGUAUCUGUGUGUUGCGUGUGUGUCUGAAAAUUAUAAACAAUUAUCAACUAAAACUAAGUGUUUGAUGUAAUCAUAUGGUUUUAGACUUAACAUGUAAAUUACAAAUAGAUUUCCAUUUGUUUUGUUUUAUUUUGCCAAGUCAAUGAAAAAAGGUAAAAACAAGAACAUGAUUAUAGAUGGUUGCUGCUUGAUUUAAAUAAAUGAAUUAACUAUGUACUAGAACAUAUUAAAGUAUAUUUACCAUAUUAUAUAAUGUAAAGAUAUGCGCAGAUUAAAAUAAAACUAUUUGAAAAACGAAA